AUAAACAUUGGAACACCUUGACCCCCGACGAGGCAGGCGCAAUCUUGGACGUAUACCCGUUCCUGGCCUUUUCUCCCCCACCGCAACUCCCCUUUCCCCCCUCUCUCCUUCCCAAACCACGUCCCUCAAGCCACAAACAGUCGAGCACCUACCUCCCUGACUAUACCCAACUUCCUCCGCUCCCGAGACGAUCGACGGCGGCCAUAGCUCGCAAACCCACACCCACACCCCUCCCUCCCUCCAUCCAUCCAUCCAUCCAUUCCACUCCAUCCAAACAUGGCCAAGCCCAUCAACAUGACUUCCACCCAGGCCCAAAACACCCUCACCCCGGACAUGCGCAACGAGCUCUACUCGGCCCUGCUGUCGGGCAACGGCAUCCGCAACGUCGAGUCCACCCUCGACCACGAAAUGCAAGCCUCGGGCUUCAAGUCGAACCUCAAAGCCUACGUCACCCACCUGUUGCGCUCCGGCGAGUGCACCAGCUACGCUCAGGCCUUGGAUCGCGUCCUCGACAAAAUCCGCUCCGAUUCUCAGCAGCAACCCAAGCCAAACGGCGUCAACGGUACCAACGGCCACGCCAAGGAUGCAGAUGACUACAACCUGCGUCUGCCCGAUGAAGUCGUCACCGCCGGCGCGAGGACGCUGGGCGUCGAGCUCGAAAAGGUUUGCGACAUUGCCGUUGACAGGUGAUCUGCACCGCGGCGAAGCACCAUUUCCCACGCGGCGACAGGGGAAAACAAAAGAAAACAACAACACACGCACAAUACUCAGCCACUUCACCAAAGAAAAAACGGCGGCGCCGACAGCUGCGUCUUGACACGACCGAUGCGGGUCGACG